AAUCAAUCAGCAAAAUCAACUACAACAAAUGAAUAGAUUCAUCAAACAUGAAAUGAAAAUGAUUAAAACAACGCAAUGGCAAAAGUUUUGUUUAGCACUCGAACCAAAAAAUACUUAUAAAUUCUGGUACUGUAUUCCACGGCAUUUGGAGAUUUCCAAAGAUGUCUGCUUUGGAACAUAUGCUAUGGACAUCUUUGGAAAUCUCGGAGAAAGACACGCGCCUGGGAAAAGCGAGCCCUGUCCGAACAAUGAUAGAUGGAAAGUUGAGACUUGCAUAAUUUUGUAGAGUAACGUCUAGACUACCUACGCAAGCAAAAAAAUUACUAACUUUGUAUGCUGGUUUUUUAAGAACGGGACUGGUUUUCAAAAGAUCCUCUGGAAAAUCGGACUUCCAGAAAAGUUUGAAACAAGUUUCUGUUUACAAAAACAUGUCUUAGGAUCUUAGCAAAACGAUGGUCAAAGCUGCGGGUCGCUAUCUAUCAGUAUAAUUGAGUUAUUCGAAAAGCAAUCGUACACCUGAAAUUUUGGGACAGAUAAUAGAUGAUUGACAAACAAAAGAAGAAAAUCUCUACGAUGGUGACAUUGCUGGAGAAUAGAUGUCACUUCUAGCAAACUCCAUUUCACCUUUAUCAACAUAACAUCACAUGCAGCAAUAAAUAUUUCUUCAUUUUUCAGUUCUUAUCUGUCGAUAACAACCAUACGAGUAACAAGAGUGUUCUCAAACAGAACCGUAUGACGAAAAAAUUGACAUGAAAAUGAUGGUGUAGUUUUAAGAUAGAUAUGUAUAUAUCAGUAGUUAUAUAAAUACUUGUAUCUCUGCUUACUAUCAUUCAAUAAAGUGAAUGAAGAAAUAACUGUCAAAAACUUUAUUAUGUCAAAGGAAGAUUGUUGCCGCAAAACUCGACAAGGAUACGUCUCCUUUAUUCUAGCUAUGCUGUGCAUUUUAGAUUUUUCGUCUUAGUUUAGAAAGUUUCAAAUUUAUGGAAAAUUCAAAGCAAACAUUGUUAACAGAUAUGUAUGCUUCAAACUGUACAACAACAACAACGGCUGUAACCAUACGUAGUUUAGAAAGUUUUGUUCUUGUUUGGCUUGAUCGCAAUAUGGAUAAAACCGACGAUAAUUUGAAAUCUAAACGUCAGUUACGCCGUAUCGUAAAUUGUUUAAAAACAUUCGAUAAUGCAGAUCGAUGUAUCAAUUAUAUUUUGGAUAUCAAAGACGAACAAAUAUUUUUAAUUGUUUCCGGAUCAUUAGCUGAACAAAUCGUUCCUCUUAUUGAACAGGUGCCUCAACUCCAAUGA